AUGCAUAUUUCUUCUAUAUAUAGAAUUCACAAAAUAAAUAAACUUCAUAGAACAAUGAACAUGAACAUGAACAUGAACACAAACUUCCAUGGAGAACCAAUUCACAUUGCAGUUGUUUCAGGUGUUGGGUACAGCCAUUUAGUCCCUAUUCUUCAUUUCUCUAACAUUCUUGUUAACCUUCAUCCAUACAUUCAUGUCACAUGUCUCAUUCCCUCACUUGGGUCUCCCCCAAAUUCCUCAAAAUCCAUCCUUCAAACUCUUCCAUCAAACAUCAACUACACUUUUCUUCCACCAGUUCACCCCAAUGACCUACCACAAGGACUCCCCUUAGAAAUGCAAAUUGAACACACAGUCACUCAUUCAUUGCCAUCUAUACAUAAAGCCUUGAAAUCCUUAACUUUAAGGACACCCUUUGUGGCCAUGAUUGCUGACUCUUUUGUUGUUGAAGCAUUAGAGUUUGCUAAGGAAUUCAACAUGUUGUCAUAUAUAUACUACCCUGCAUCAGCUACUACACUCUCUUUGAACCUCUAUUUGCCUAAGUUGGAUGCAGAAACAUCAUGUGAGUAUAAAGACAUACAAAAGCCUAUUCAAAUACCAGGUUGUAUACCACUCCAUGGCAGAGAUCUUUCAACCACAAUUCAAGAUAGAUCAAGUCAACUUUAUAAAUUUAAACUCCAACGUGUAAAAAAAUUCCAUUUUGUUGAUGGGAUUUUUGUUAAUAGCUUCUUAGAAAUGGAAAUGGGUCCUAUAAAAACAUUGACACAAGAAGGAAGUGGUAACCCUGUUGUGUAUCCUGUUGGACCCAUUAUCCAACAGGAUACGCAACAUGGUAAUAACAUAGAGUGUUCGGCAUGGUUAGAUAAACAAAAACCUCGUUCGGUUUUGUUUGUGUCUUUUGGAAGUGGUGGUACACUUUCACAAGAACAAAUUUUUGAGCUAGCUUUGGGUUUGGAAUUGAGUAAUCAUAAAUUCUUAUGGGUUGUAAGAGCACCAAGUAGUAGAUCAAAAAGUGCUGCAUAUCUUUCUGCACAAAAUGAUGGUAUUGACCCUUCAGAGUUUUUACCAUAUGGGUUCUUGGAGAGAACCAAGGAGAAAGGUUUGGUCAUUACAUCAUGGGCACCUCAGAUUCAAAUCCUUAGUCACAGUUCAGUUGGUGGGUUUUUGAGUCACUGUGGUUGGAAUUCAACGCUUGAGAGUGCGAUGCACGGUGUGCCGCUAAUCACAUGGCCUCUGUUUGCAGAGCAGAGAAUGAAUGCUGUUUUGUUGAAUGAGGGGCUAAAAGUAGGAUUGAGGCCAAAAGUUAAUGAAAAUGGCAUUGUGGAAAAGAUAGAAGUUGCUGAAGUGAUCAAGUGUUUCAUGAAAGAUGAGAAAUUGCGCAAUAAUAUGAAGAAAUUAAAAGAAGCUGCUACCAAUGCACUCAAAGAAAAUGGAUCUUCUAUAAAGAUUCUUUCUCAAUUAACACUCAAGUGGAGAAAUUUGGCAAAGGAAACUAACUUCAAGGAAUGUUUUACUGAGAUUGUUGUUUUUUAACCAUUCUAAUAUUAUGUCUAUGUUAGACAUAAGUCCAAGUUAAUUUAUGUAAUUGUAUGUUGUGUCUUUAAACAGAAUAAGGAUGAGAAAACAUAUCUCAUUCGGUUGUUUUAUGUUGGUAGAGACUAAACUCUUUAAUUCGUAGAGGUUAAGCAUAAACUACCAAAAUAAGCAUGCUAUAAAACAUUCAAAUUCAAUAGGGAUGGUUUUCA